AGCCACAAGAGUUUCCGCACCAAGCAGAAGCUUGCCAAAGCUCAGAGACAGAACCGUCCUAUCCCCCAGUGGAUUCGUCUCAGGACCGGUAACACCAUCAGAUACAACGCCAAGCGUAGGCACUGGCGCAAGUCCCGUCUCGGAGUCUAAAU